UUCUAGGUUGCGAUAAAAUACAAGCACGAGACAUCAUUGGCGUCCCGCUGGAAGCCAGAGAACUGCCUCGCUUCUCCCCACGUUCAUCGAAGCAGCGAUUAGACGCGUUUUGUUCUUCCUUUGCCCUACUACCCUAAACUGCUAUAGAUAAAUACAUUCUUGCUGGCGAAACAGGACAUACGCGACCUUGUCCCGACAACUCUUCAGCGCGAAGUUUCUAUGUAAAUUGCUUCCACCCUGCCAUGCUCACCAUUAUUGAGCUUGUCGUAAACUACUGAUGGCUGUACAAGAAAGCUCUUCAGAGGCCACGCCAUCGCCAGACCCUGAACAAAACGAGCAGCAAAUGGAGGAGCCAGCAUCUUCUGGAGCUGCCGGGGAGCCACAGUCGGCGGGGGUAGAGUCGGGGCAGCCCGGCGCGGGGGGCGGACCGGACGACACCGUGGAGAGGAGUGGCCCCAGUGCGCUGGUGCCGCGGAUUCUGGCCCGACCGCCGCGGAAGGCCAAGCCUCAGGGCGUUCGUGUGCUGGAGCCCAAGGAGUCCAUGCGGAACCGACUGCGCAAGGCCCUCGCGCCCUACCUCACAGCCACGUACUGGCAGGGCGAGAUGGCCAGGAAGUUCACGGCCGAGUACAUCGAGGCGCACCCGCCUCCCGAGGACGAGGACGACCUGCCCGCCUACAUCGCGCAGCACCUGCGUGAGCUCAACCGCGUCACUGAGCGCUGGAGCGGCUGUGUGGUGAAGGCGCUGGACCCGCUCAGCCACCAAAUGGCCAUUGACGACCGACUGCAGCGCCAGCGGCAGCGGGCUGAGGGACUGCCGGUGGAGUCGUUGGACAUGGACUUUGCCAUGAGGCCGGGACUGUCGCCUGCAGCCACCGACUCGCCCACUGCGGCGCCCGCUGCCAAGGCUGCCCAGCCGCCUGCGCCGCCUCCUCGCCCUGCUGACGAUGGCGACACGCGGCUGACCAGCAGCCAGAUCGUGUCCGCGGUACACCUGGUGUCCGACAUCAAGGUGUGGGAGGAGAUCCUGGCGGCCAAGAAGGCCGAGGAGCGCCGCCAGCACGCCAUCGCCGAGCUGCACCUGCACCACGCCGCGCGCAUCAUCCAGCGCUCCUGGCGCUCCUUCAUCGGGCAGCGCAAGGAGGAGAAGGCUCGGCUGGACAGCCUGGUGUCGCCGGACGUGCAGGCCAUGCUGAGUGCCGCCGCCUACAAGGCCAUGAGGGACGCGCGCAACAAGCUGCAGCUCACACGCCUGCGCAAGAGCCUCAGCAGGCGGGCGCGGGUGGGCGGCUUCGGCUCAUCCGCACCCCGAGACCUGGACCGGACGGUCAAGCCGCAGCCGGGAGGGGGCGGGGGCCCGGGCGUGGGGCCGAACCCGCCCGCCGGCCGCCGGCCGCCCAAGGCUCCUGCCGGCCCUCGGGGGGCGGCUGCGGCGGCCGGUGAAGCCCGGCGCAGCAGCCGGGAUGUUUCAGGUGCUCCCUCUGGCUCCAGGUCGGCAUUGGACAGCGCGGGCGGUGCAGACUCGCAGUGGGAGGGGGACGGCCGCGAGCAGGCGGACAGGGGCUCGUCGGCCGGCGGCGACAGUGCACUCGCAGGCGGGCUGAGCCGCAGCGCCUCACGCCGCACCGGCAGCGCCAACAGCGGGCGAGGCCUGGUGCGGGCGAGCUCCAGCGCAGCCCGCUCGGCGCAGAUUUUCAAACGCCUGGUGUCUCUCAAGGGGGACCCGCAGGAGGGCAGCCUCGGCCGCGGCGGCAGCGAACGCGGCAGCGACAUGGGUGGCGGCAGUGCGCUGCAGGAGGGCGGCGAGGGUGCGGGCGGCGAGGGCGAGGAGGGCUGGACGGAGGGCGUGCCGCGGGCCGCUGCUGGCCGGUACGCCGCGGCUGAGGGCGAGGAUGAGGACCAGGGCGAUGAGGAGGAGGGCGGCAACUUCGACGACAUGCAGCCCGAGCCGCUGCCCGAGGGCGAGGAGGGCGACGAGGAGGGGGAUGACGGCGAGUGGGAGGAAGCGGAUGGUGAGGAGGACAGGGAGGAGGAUGCGGACGGCGAGGGCGGUGAGGCGGCUCUUCAGGGGCUGCUGCGGCCCGAGGAUGCGGACCAGGCUGUGGCGGAGGCGGAGGAGGUGGUGGAGAUGGCCGCGGCGCUGGCGGAGGCGUUCCUGGGUGGCUUGGGCGAGCAGGACCAAGAGGGCCAGGAGGACACCUGCGAAGCGGAUGAGGAUUUCCAGGGCGAGGAGGGUGGAGCGGACCCUGGGGCUUCAGCAACAGCUGGUGCUACACAGGAGCAGGCACAGGUAGCGGUAGGCACUGCAGGUGCCAUGGCGGCCGCGGGAGCAGCAGCAGCGGGCGCGGCGACGGGGCCUCAUGUACCCAGCGCACCCAAGGCGCCACGCCCGCCGGCACGUGGCGAGGCCGCUGCACGUGCCCCGGCCCCUCGCCGUGGCGGCCGCACAUCGGCGCUGUCCAUGUCGUCCGACACCGCGGCCAUGAGGCACGUCAUUGCGGGGGCGCUUGCGGCGGCGGCGGCGCCCGUGCUGGGCCGCAGCGGCGCACUGGCCGUGGCGCGCCUGGGUCUGGGAGAGCCGCUGGCCCCGCCGCACCGGCUCAGCGGCGCGGGCGGCAGCACAGGCAACCUAGCCGGUGGCGGUGGCCUGCCCGCCAGCACCGGCGCGCUGGCAGCGAGUGGGGCGUCCCGGCGCGCGGUGCUGGGCACUGCCGCGCCGACAGGGCCGCAGCCACAGCGUGUGGGCCGGCUGCGGGCGGGCGCGGGCAGCCCGGGUGCGGACCGGGUGUCCGGGUCCGGAGCCGGGGGCCAUCCCAAGGCGCUCACGCCGUCCGCGAUUCGCGCGGAGGCAGAGGCUGGCCUCAUGGCGGCGGCAGCUGGCGGCGGUGGUGAUGGCCUUGACGACUCGGGACUGGUGUCAGCUGACUGGGCGGCGGCUGCAGCCAGUGCCGCUGCGGCCGCGGGUGCUGCGCUGGUGAGCGGCGGCAGCAGCUCGGGGCCUCUGGGUCCGCGUGCGAGCGGCUACUCCAGCAGCAGCCUGGCGGGAGUGCACCUGGAGCCGCUGGCAGCGGCCGCGUCACCAAGGGCCAGUGGCUCGGGCGCGGCAGCUCUGAUGCGCUCACCGCGGCCCAGUGACAGCGGCGUGGGCGGCACACUGCAGGCGCUAUCGCCAGCGGGCAUGCCGGACCCGCUGCUGGCUCAGGUCCGGCUGCCGCGGCAGUCGGACGGCGCCGCGCCCAGCUCGCCGUUGCCGCUGCCGCCGCUGCCCGGCACGCACAUGGCAACAGGCGACGACGCGGUGGGCGGCCUGACCGGCACCGCAGCCGCCCGCCACCAGCCGCAGCCCCGCGUGUCGGCCACUGGACAGGCGCAAGGUCCGGGAGCGGGUCCGGGCGAGGCGCUGGACGUCCUGUCCUCACCCCAGGCCAGUCCCACGGGCCACCUGGGGGGCGCUGCGCCUGUGGUGGCUGGCUACCAGCAGCAAUGGGCGAUGCCGCGUCAGCCGCAGCCGCCACUCACCCAGCAGCGCACCGCGGCGCAACCCACCCACCACCAUCCGCAGUCCCACUACAACCAUGCCGCGUACCACCCGCCGACCGGCGCCGCCACCAUGGCCUCCGCACUGCCCGAUCCCCGCAACGUCACCGCGCCCGGCGCCGUCGGGGCGGCAGCGGCGGCCGCACACAAGGACCCCUCCUGGCUUCUGCCACCCAUUGCCGGCUCCCCGAGCCGCAGCGCCACGGGACCGCCGGGGCUGGGCGCGCAGGCCGCUGCGGUGGCAGCACUGCGGGCUGGCGCGGGGGUCGGCGGUCUGGCGGCGGGAGUUGUGGGCGUGAGCCGCACUGCCUCCGACCCCUUCAUGCAGCGCCCGCACGGCUUGGUGGCACAGCAGCAGCAGCAGCAGCAGCAGCAGCAGCAGCAGCAGGCUCAGGGUCAGGGCCAGCCGCUGCGGGCCUCGCACGCGGGGGCCGCCAGCAGUGCACUGGGCGGCCCGGCCAGCCCCGGCCUGGCCUCCCGCGCCAACCUGGGGCAGGGCGCGAUGGCGGCGGCGGCCUCGGGGCAGCGGGCGCGGCGCUCCAGCCUGGUGGGUGGGAGCGUCUCAGGCGGUGUGGAGGGGCCGCUGGGGGCGCUCAUUUCGCUGUCCAGUGGCGUCGUGGGGCCGUCCGCUCACGGCGGCGCCUCGCCCGUGCGGCUGGCUGGCCGCGCGGCUCGCAGCUCCGUGGGCUCGCCCGGCAUGCUGCCCGCGCCCAGCCCCAGCCAGUUGCAGGUGCAGCACAACCGCCUGACGGUGUCAGUGGACAGCAGCAGCUACCCGCACUCAGGCUCGGUGUCGCUGAUGGGCGUGGCAGGCAGCGGUCUGCUCAUCAACGGCAUCUCGGGCGGGGGCGCCAGCCUGGUGGCGGCACGAGGCGCAGGCGGCGACACCUCGCCGCCACUGGUAUCCAGUCAGCUGAAGGGUGGUGGCGGCGCGGCGGGCGGCGCGGGGGCAGCACGGCAACAGCAGGUGCAUGCAGGGCGGCGGUGAUGCCGGUCAGCUGCGAGCAGCGCCAUGCAACUACCGUAGUCGAGGGGACAACACAAGUCGGGGUCUCGGAGGGGUAGUGCAGGGUAGUGGCACUUGAGCGCAGUGUGACCUUGUGGAUGUGGUAUUAAGCAAGGCAUUUGGUGCUUGGUAAUGAUAAUCCGUAGUGCGACGGAUGUCUGGUUGCCGCUGCAUACAAUUAGUUAUUGAAUUUGCCCCUUUGUAACUAUGGAAGGAUUCUGACCUGUGGUGACGUGUGUGGUGACGAUGUGCAGGCUCGUGGCGCUGCAAAGCGUUAUCAAUGUUAGCCACCGUAAAUUUAGCGUUUGCUUUGGAGAUACUUGGUGGCGAUGGUGGCGAGUAGCGACCAAUGGUGCUUGAUGAAUCGCCCUUAUCAAUAAAUCAUUAAUGCAUGGCAGCCAUACCGUACCUGAUGCAAUGGUGCCGUGACCUCAUCUGUGUGCCGGUAUGUCCGUGUAAUACGGUACUCGCAAUGAACACUAUAUGUGUCAGUAAUUGACGCAUGCCACAUAAGAACGGGAGCCUGGACGUACCGCCCAUCGCGAGGGGGUCCACACCUGCGCAGGCCACCGCAUCCCGCUAGGCGAGGUGGUGGCAAGCACCCUCUGGUACAUCACUAGGUUGGCCCAGCGGAUUAACCCAGGCGUGAUUUUGGCGGGUUUGCCCCAGGGAGGGCCGAGUGAUCGAGACGGCGGACAUUGAGCGUGUUGUCCAGCGGCAAGUUUAUCGGCAUUAUCAAGAGAAAGUGAGUUGAGGAACGGUGUGGGAUGUGGGUGCGGGUCCACUGCCGUCACGACUCCCGCCACCCACGACGCCACAGCAGCGCCACCGCCACGAACCAGAACACCACAAAGGUGCCGGUGGACACCAUGUCGGUAAGCUCUGUGCGAAUGAGGUGAAUACAUGUUUUCAAGUUAGCGCAGGCUUUUAGGGAGGGGGCAGUACUACGGCAAAGACCACAACCCCAAGGCAUUGCCCCACUCCUGCUGGCCCCCAAGUCGCCCCAGUGCCCGCUGACCCUGGUUAGUGUUCACUAAGGCACUGAAGCCUCUGCGCUGUGUAGCGUUGCACUGCCUGGGACUCCGACUGUACGAGAGGCGCGUGCACGUUGCGGAUGGCAUCGGGCAGCACUGGGCCAGCAGACGUCGUGCGGUAGCAGUGUUUUUUUGUGUGGGCUUGAGGACAAGAAAUCUCUUACCUGA